AAAAAAAGAUGCUCUAGACCCCCCGACGAAAUAUUUCGGUAUACCCCGCAAAAUGUCGGGAAAGAGCCCUUCUUUCACGGUGCCAAAUAUCAGACAUAGGGUAGGGUAGUCAUCAAUGAGACACUUUUGGUUUUCAACUUUCAACGAUUUUUCUAAUUUUUUCAUCAGCAUGUUUUAAUGAGCUUUUAGUUGCAUUAUCAUUCUUUUAGUUUGUUCUAACAUUGACAAAAAUAUGAGAUCGAUCCGACAUCUAUAACCAGAGUUAUUCAACUGUCUCAUUGUAGACGCACUUGGCAGGAACAAUGAGACAGCUGGGGAACAAUGAGACACUCUACGAAAAUCAACAUUUUUCUAGCAAAACAUCAUGUUUUUGUAUUGUUCCAUUGCAGGUGACAUGCCUUGAACAUUUUAGAGCAAUUUUGCCAACAUGAAACUUUUAAUAACAAAAGUUACACUAAAAAGUAUUUCAAUUUUGUAAAAUCCAUAUAUUAAUACCAAAUAACUUUGUAUUUUUGGUUAAAUGAAGUUUAAACUCUGUAAAUAUGCCAAAAAUCACUUUUAAUUCAUGUUUUGAAAGAUUUCCAUCGAUUUUGAAAAGUUUAUUGAAGAAAAAUCAAAGUGUCUCAUUGUUACCCAUGGGCUGAAAUGAGUGGGGAACAAUGAGACAGCCCUGGAUUCUGGGUAUAUUCUAAAUUUUGGCCAAAUCUAAUGAAAGGACAUUGUAGCCCAACUUAAUCCCUAUAGAACGUCGAAAGAAAUUUGAAGAAAUAUUAGUUUUGGUGUGAAUGGCAGCCUACGAGCGAACAAGUAUUUUUUGUCCAUAAUUUACAUUUACACCCCAGAAUCAAACAUUUAUGAAUUACUUUUCAAGGGAGCGUCCAUAACCAAAGCCACUAAUAUGGCAGACGUGUAUCCAGUAGACACACCUUUCCCCCAAAUAUGAGCCUGAUUGGUUGAAACUACGACUUGUGAGAGCCAUUUUAUCAUUGUUCCCCGUGUCUCAUUCACAGCAAAAAAUCCGUUGGUAAAAUCGCAUGCAAAAGAAUGCACAUCACCUUCGUCAAAAUAAACACUUAAUAUUACACGCUGCAUGUACAAUUUUUGCAAACACAAAAAAAAAGUUGCUACCGACGGGAUUUAAACCCAGCACCAACAGUUAGGACUGGCGCCUUAGCCCACUCGGCCAUCACACCGAUGAAAAGCUAAAAGGAUAAACGCAUAUAUGAGCUUGACAUUUCGGUCAAGUAGGUUUCCCAUACUGAUGGGCUACAUAUUUCAGGGUGUAAAAUCACAUAAAAUUGCAUGAAAUAAUGCAAUAUUUAUUUUACACCCAGGCCUUUUACACGCAGCUGGAUUACUACUUUUUUAGCUGUGUUGAUGACUACUCUACCCUACCGAAUUUUUUAUCUUUGAGGUCUCGAAAAAAUACACCGUGUGUUACAGAGUGUAUAGGUAUACACGCAGAAAAAUCCGAUAGUACAGCCAGCAAAAUGUUGAGGUUUCCCCACAAACAUGAUUGUCAUCUCAGGGCCAGCAAACAUGUUUAUCAAAUUCAACCUAACAAGUUUGUGGGUUUGAUAAACGAGGUAGUUGCCAUUAAAACGUAGCUUAUUUGUAAUUCCAAUAAUCAUUAUGGUCAGUGUAACAAACAUGUUUGUUGAACCUACAAACAUGUGGGGUUAAAUGAAACAUCCGAAUUGUUUAUUCAAUAAACCUUCUUAGCUGUUUUGCAAUAAAAAAUAGAUUUAAUUGUUUUAUUUUCAGUUGAUGCUCACAUUAAAAUAUAAUAUCGAUAGUACAGUUUACUGUUUAACGUGUGUAAAUUAAUGGUAAAUUAGGGUUUGGAUUUGGCAGUCUUGCCGACCGGAUGAUUGCACGAUGAAGAGUGAUUCGGCAGCGAUAGCACGGUGAUAUUUUUAACACCUGAAAUGAAGAACUGUAAAUUUUUGUUCUUUUCGGGUUCAAAAUGAUACUAUUUACCUUCUGAGCAGUUGCCGUCGAGUGAAGUUAUAGAAGCGCCUUUAAUUCGGAAUAGCUGAAUAAUUGCACUGGAGAAACUUUCCGAAACUUAUUCCGAUAACCAGUAGGAGAACUUGACCAUAACAUUGUAACCGCAAUUCGGUCCUUCCGGGUUAGAAACAUCAGUUCCGAUGGGUUGUCCUUUGAGGUGUUUGAAGCAGGCAUGGCCGUGCAAUGUUCUCGGUAGACGGCGGUUUGUGCCGUCGUCUCCGGAUCGACCACUGGAAAGAACGUUUUGGCCGUUUUACCAUCCUCCAAGAAAGGUGGCUGGACCAAACUUCCAAUACCGACCGCUCGAUAACCUGUAGAGAAGAAUGUGUAUAACGAUUUGCUUAAAAAAAUGAGUCAGAACUAAUCCAACUUCUUUGAACGCCGUCUUUGAAGUCACUUUCGUCCGCCAUAUUGAUCUGAGCAGUGAAAAGUUUUUACAAGUACACUGUAAAAUUUGGCUACACGCUUGAAAAAAGAAACGCACAAAUGGCAAACCAGUUUGUUAAACCGAUAAAAAUCAUGGUAGCGUCGGUAAAAUAUGUUUAUCAAAUUGGUAAAUAUGGUUUGUUGCCUUGAUAAAACAUGAUUGCUGGUGUUAAGAAACUUGUUUGUUGAUUCAAACUUACAGAAUUUCUGUGCGUGUAUAUAACAUCGCCUACAACAAGCCAAAAAACACUACUACGUGUUACUAAGUUUGACAGGCUUAAAAUAAGAAACAAAAACGAAGUUUACUUUAUAGUUCUCGGUCACUAUUGCUAGUACCAACCACUAGUGUCUUCCGGUGGCGCCGAAAACCCAUAUUUACAAAUAGAUUUUUUUAUGGUACCCGCCGCAGUACUCAAACCGGCGAACUCUGGAUGUGAUUCCAGUGCGCGGUCUGAUUGAUCCAUACGGACAAGGUUUAAAGAACCGAAAGCAAUAUUCCGUACUACAGUUGGCUCUCGAUCUUCUCGAUAUUAAUUUUGCUCCUGCAGUCAAUAAAUUGUUCAGUCCCUUCCAGUAGCGUGCUUUGAUUCUUCGUUCUAUAAUUUGAUACAUCGCGCUCUCGACGGCCCCUUCAAUAUCGACAAGGAGAGAGUCCACUGUAUACGGACAAAUCCGUAAAGAUGGUACAUUUUCUACUGCAAACAGCGGCGAAUGUUUUCACUCUAUCGAGAUGAAGAAAACAACAACUCAAAACCCUGUGACUACCUAAAACAAGCUUUUAUAUAAUUAUGAUUAAUUCGUAGUAGUUUCCAUUCACUCUCUGAAAAAGGUCCAGGAGAGACAUAAGCUUCCCAUCGCAAUCAUACAUAGUUUUCGGUAUUAAGCCACAUGGCUGACAGUAAGAGAAAUGUCUGAUACAAGUUUAACAGGUUCGCAGCUUCGCAUGGUCUUACACCAAGCGCUGAUUGUACUAGUAAACACGCAGCUCAUAGAUAUGACCGGUUUGAUGCGUUUUAUCAUCUGCUCUCGGUUAGUAAAGAGCAUUACAUGUGAAUGCUUUGAACGUAGAAGUACCUACGUACACUUUCCAUAGUAUGGGUUAAUUUUAUUUCCUCCUUCACACAUCACAAAUAUGUUAUGCAACUCUUGCUUAUAAUGAGUCUUUAGAGGCAAAGGCAAUCGAAGUUUUGCUCUUGUUGUUUCUAUAAUGAAAUAAGGCAUCUUGAGGUACAAAUAAAUAAUCAACACAAAUAAAAUGUGCAUGCGAAAAACAUAUGUACAUUAGGGUGCCCAGAAAAAAUUACCCCCUGCUCCACAAGCCAAAAUUGUUUUUUUGGAUUAUUUUAAGCAUCUGUGCAAAUUUUGAGCGAAAUUAGUUGAGAUUAACCCAUUGAUUCCCGGGCCUAAAGUUGGUGAAAAAAAUGUUUUUCAUACAAAAAUGACUUUUUUAAAUGUUUUUUUUUUGAGAUGGAUUUUCGGCUUGCAGUCGUUGAAAGCAGCUCAAACACUUAUUUGUGUACUUUAUCCAACGUUUCGAUUUUUAUUAAAUCAUCUUCAGGGAAACUAAAAUUUGGUUUUUGGUUUUUCCGUUAAUUUUUGUGUGUUUUGUGUGUUUGUAUGUGUACUUACGCGUACGUAGGUGUUCGGUUGUCUUGGUUCAGUUUUGUAAAAUUUGUAAAAUGUCGGUUUUGUGGCGUCGAGAAAACUAUAAAAAUUGAAUGUUUGUUCAUUGGUCGAUAUUUUUGAUCGGGAGUGUAUGGAUUUGUGUUGUGGAGACUUACUGCAUUGGUUUGGUAAUGCUUUUGGGGAUUCUCUUUUUCGCCUAGAUGUCGUUUCUAACUGUUUUUUGGUCGUUGUUGUUCGGAGCUCUAUCGUGUGCACUUUUAUCUUGUUCACUUUGGUUGUGUGUUUGUGUGUUUUGGGGAAUUGGAAAGGGACUCGUCUAAUUUUCUGUUGGGUUACUAUCGACAGUGACAUUGUUGUCAUGUCUGUGUUUGUUAUGACAUUUUAGGUUGUUUAUAAUGCCAGCAUAAAUGGGAUUUAACUGUUCGGUAUCUGUACGUUUGUUAACUGUGUUUGGUGUAAUAGAAAUGUGAAGCAUUUCGAGGAUGGGCAAGGCUGAUUCUAUGUUGUGUCGGUCUAGAAUUUUUGUGUUUUCAAAAGAAAAUGUGUGGUUUAGUUGGAUGCAAUGGUUCAGCAAUGCUGUGCGUUCGCUAAGUGUUGUUAGUUGGGGAUCAUCUUGGGGGAUACCUGUUUGUCGUAGUCGUUCCAGUGUGUUGAGUGUUGAUUUGUGGCCUGAUAUCCUGGUUCGGAGUUUGUUUGUUGUCAUUCCUAUGUAUUGUUGGUUGCAGUCGGUGCAGGGUAUGCUGUAGAUGACAUUUUUGUGGUCCUCCUUGUGGGUGGUGUCCUUCAUUUGUGUGAACAUUGUUUUGGUUGUUUUGAUGUUCCUUGUGUCCAGUUUUAUGUGUGGGUAGUCCUUUUUCAGCUGCUUUUUGACUUGAUCAGUCAAUGUUGGGAUGUAUGCUAUGCUACGGUAGGUGUGUUGCAGAUGUUGUGUGGGUGUAGUCUGGUCAUUCUGGACUGGAUCAACAGGGGGGUUGAUACGGCGAGUGUUUCUGUGGUUGAUAAGCCGGUUGCGGAGAGCUCUGGGGUAAUUGUUGAUUUUCAGCUGGUUGUCCAUUAUUUUCACCUUCUGCUGGUCGGACAAGUUUGUAGAGAAGGUGUUGAUCCGGUUGAUUAGAUUGGUAGCAGUGUUGAGUUUUUGGUUCAAGGGGUGGAACGAGUGAAAGUCGAGGAAACGACCACUCGCGAUGGGCUUUUGGUACCAUUCUGUCCUGAUGGUUUGGGUCUCUGUGCGAACUAGCAGCAUGUCGAGAUAUGGUAGUCGGUAGUUGUUUUCUAGUUCAUAGGUGAAUUGAAGAUGUUCGUUGUACGAAUUGAACACUUCCAUCACGUGGUCCAGCUUGUCUGGGGGAAUGGCCGUAACGAUGUCAUCUACGUAUUUUUUGAGGAAAGGUAGUUGGAAGUCCAGUUUAUGGACGACAGAUACUAGCCCACAGUGCAAAGAUGCACUCCUCCGGUUUUGCGACGUUGCGGAAAAGAAAACCAAAAUUUUCCUGAAACAAAACCCAAACCUAGCAGUCUUACAAUCGGACAAAGGCAACAAAACUGUCAUCAUGAACAGCGAGGAGUACAAACAAAAAAUGCUAGACCUCCUGAAGGACGACCAAACAUACCAUCCCAUAACACGUGACCCCACCUCGCGUUUCCAGAAACUAAACAACAAUCUCGUUCAACGUCUACACACACUGAAGCUGAUCGACUUGAGAACUACGUACAAAUUGAAAACCAACAGCGCGUUAUGCCCGAGGAUUUACGGUCAACCAAAGGCGCACAAACAGGGAUUGCCCUUAAGACCAGUGGUUCCCAACAUAACAGCGCCAUCUUACAACCUGUCUAAGUACAUUGGACAGAUGAUCCGUAAAUCGAUCAACAGCCAGUACAACGUCAAGGAUUCUUUCGAAUUCUGUGAGUUUAUCAACACUGUCACACUACCACCUGGACACGUGUUGAUCUCACUUGAUGUAGUCUCGCUCUUCACAUGUGUACCUAAGCUACUAGUCGUCCAUGACGUCAUAUAUGGGUGGGAGGAGAUCAAGAAGCAUGCCAACAACAUCAAUCUCGACCUCUUCUUAGAGAUGAUCGAGUUCUGCAUCGACGCGAGCUAUUUCAAGUUCAAUGAGCAGCACUACCAGCAGAUCUUCGGCACGGCCAUGGGGAACCCACUGUCCUCCACGGUAGCAGACCUAGUGAUGGAAAACCUCCUAGUAUCUGUCGUCCAUAAACUGGACUUCCAACUACCUUUCCUCAAAAAAUACGUAGAUGACAUCGUUACGGCCAUUCCCCCAGACAAGCUGGACCACGUGAUGGAAGUGUUCAAUUCGUACAACGAAAAUCUUCAAUUCACCUAUGACCUAGAAAACAACUACCGACUACCAUAUCUCGACAUGCUGCUAGUUCGCACAGAGACCCAAACCAUCAGGACAGAAUGGUACCAAAAGCCCAUCGCGAGUGGUCGUUUCCUCGACUUUCACUCGUUCCACCCCUUGAACCAAAAACUCAACACUGCUACCAAUCUAAUCAACCGGAUCAACACCUUCUCUACAAACUUGUCCGACCAGCAGAAGGUGAAAAUAAUGGACAACCAGCUGAAAAUCAACAAUUACCCCAGAGCUCUCCGCAACCGGCUUAUCAACCACAGAAACACUCGCCGUAUCAACCCCCCUGUUGAUCCAGUCCAGAAUGACCAGACUACACCCACACAACAUCUGCAACACACCUACCGUAGCAUAGCAUACAUCCCAACAUUGACUGAUCAAGUCAAAAAGCAGCUGAAAAAGGACUACCCACACAUAAAACUGGCCACAAGGAACAUCAAAACAACCAAAACAAUGUUCACACAAAUGAAGGACACCACCCACAAGGAGGACCACAAAAAUGUCAUCUACAGCAUACCCUGCACCGACUGCAACCAACAAUACAUAGGAAUGACAACAAACAAACUCCGAACCAGGAUAUCAGGCCACAAAUCAACACUCAACACACUGGAACGACUACGACAAACAGGUAUCCCCCAAGAUGAUCCCCAACUAACAACACUUAGCGAACGCACAGCAUUGCUGAACCAUUGCAUCCAACUAAACCACACAUUUUCUUUUGAAAACACAAAAAUUCUAGACCGACACAACAUAGAAUCAGCCUUGCCCAUCCUCGAAAUGCUUCACAUUUCUAUUACACCAAACACAGUUAACCAAACAUACAGAUACCGAACAGUUAAAUCCCAUUUAUGCUGGCAUUAUAAACAACCUAAAAUGUCAUAACAAACACAGACAUGACAACAAUGUCACUGUCGAUAGUAACCCAACAGAAAAUUAGACGAGUCCCUUUCCAAUUCCCCAAAACACACAAACACACAACCAAAGUGAACAAGAUAAAAGUGCACACGAUAGAGCUCCGAACAACAACGACCAAAAAACAGUUAGAAACGACAUCUAGGCGAAAAAGAGAAUCCCCAAAAGCAUUACCAAACCAAUGCAUUUUCUCGACGCCACAAAACCGACAUUUUACAAAUUUUACAAAACUGAACCAAGACAACCGAACACCUACGUACGAAUAAAAAUAUCAGUAUAGACGAUCUGGAAAGAGAAACAGGCGAUGCUGCUACUCAAGCGACCUUUUUGCGCUCGAGUUCUGUAAAUCCUUACCAUCAAUUGUACAUUGCUUCUACAAAGCGACGAACUGAGGCAGAG